AUGCCCUCCGUUCCUCGAAUCAUCUCAGAGAAAUCCAGAUAUGACACGUCUUUAAACCUGACCACUAAGCGCUUCCUUGACCUUUUGUCCCAAUCUGCUGAUGGAGUGGUGGACCUCAACUGGGCUUCACAGGUGCUCGACGUCCAAAAGAGGAGAAUAUAUGACAUCACAAACGUCCUGGAGGGCAUUCAGCUCAUCUCCAAGAAGUCCAAGAACCAUAUCCAGUGGCUUGGGAAUCGCAUUGAUGGUGAAGCUGUUACACGGCACAAAGCAUUACAGAGAGAAGUAGAUGACCUGAACGACACCGAGACCAGGUUGGACGAGUUGAUGACAAAGUGCACACUACAACUGAGAUUGCUCACGGAAGAUCCACAGAACAAGAAAUUCGGAUAUGUGCGGUGCCAAGACUUGAAUAAGUCGUUCUAUUCUCCAGAUCAGCUUGUGAUGGUCAUUCGAGCUCCUCCAGAGACACAGAUGCAGGUGUCGGAGCCCAGAGAGGGCUAUCAGGUGUCACUCAAAAGCACGCAAGGGCCUAUUGACGUCUUCCUCUGCCCUGAGGACAGUUCUGGAGUCUGCAGCCCAGUUACAGGAAGCAGUCCGCUCAAGACUAAUGGAGAUGUGUCGCUCGUGGACCAAUCACAGUCCAGGAUUUCAGGAGAAGCCCUGGACGUGAGUCUGUCGUCUCCGACCUCCACCUGCUCCACCGCAACUGCAGCGUCCCAGCAAGACCCCUGCGGCAUGUUGGGGGGAGACACAGAAUCGCUGCUCGGAGGAGACCCUUUCUCUGGACUGGGGGACAUGGCCGACUUUGACUUUUCUCCUUUAUCAUCAUCGGACUUUCUCAAUGGAGAUGGACUUCCUCUCCCAUUGGACGGUUUCAUCAACCUGUCGCCUCCUCACAAUCACGACUACCACUUUGGCCUGGAGGACCAUGAAGGCAUCAGUGAACUGUUUGAUUGUGAGUUCGGGGAUCUCUCCCAGGUUUUAGGAGACACCUGA